AUGUUCCGAGCCUUAGCAUUCGCACUCGCCACUCUGGCUCUGGCGGAUGACUUCCGCCCAGUCUACCAUUUUGUCCCUGAGAAGAACUGGAUGAACGAGCCCAAUGGGUUGAUUAAGAUCAAAUCAACCUGGCACCUGUUCUAUCAGCACAACCCGACGGCGAAUGUCUGGGGCAAUCUGAACUGGGGCCACGCAACCAGUAGUGACCUGGUCCAGUGGGCUCACCAGCCCCUUGCCAUAACAAGCGAGGACGGCGUCGAAGCGUUCACUGGCACUGCCUAUUUUGAUGCCGACAACAUCUCUGGGUACUUUCCUUCCAACGGGACCCAGGACCAGCGUCUUGCCUUUAGCGUCGACGAUGGUGUGACCUGGACAAAAUACCCGGACAAUCCCAUUAUUUCAGCCGCCCAGGAGUCGCCACAUGAUACGACAGAGGGGCUGGAAAGUCGUGACCCCAAGGUCUUUUUCCACAAGGAAUCUGGGAAAUGGGUCAUGGUCCUUGCCCAUGGCGGACAGGACAAGAUGACGUUUUGGACAUCGUCGGACGCAAAGUCCUGGACCUGGAAGAGCGACCUUUCCGCUGACCAGAUUGAAGGUCUACCAUCUGGAAUCACUGGGUGGGAGGUGCCUGAUAUGUUCCAGCUCCCUAUCCAGGGGACCGACGAGACCACCUGGGUGUUGAUUAUAACCCCGGCGGACGGAUCUCCCGCUGGUGGUAAUGGUGUUCUAGCCCUGACAGGAUCCUUUGAUGGAUCAACAUUCAAAGCCAACCCCGUCGACCCUUCUACUCUUUGGCUCGACUAUGGCCGUGAUUUUGACGGCGCCUUGAGUUGGGAAAAUGUUGCUGCGGCAGAUGGGCGGCGUAUCCUUGCCUCUGUCAUGAACAGCUACGGUGCUAGCCCACCAACCAAUACCUGGAAAGGGAUGCUAUCUUUCCCUCGGACCAUUACCCUGAAGGAAACCGACUCCAAGCGAUACUUCCUCCAGCAACCUGUCACUGAGAUUGCCCUCGCUGGUUCCUCACUGGCGACAAUCCAAAAUCAAACUAUUACCAGCGACCAACCGUUGCUAACAUCCAUCCACGGAACCGCGUUAGAUAUCAAACUUGCCUUCACCAUUGACGCAGGCGCCAAAAUCUCGCUGAAAGUGCGCAAGGCCGGGUCGGAGCAGACAACAAUCCAGUAUGACCAGAACAAAUCGUCGAUAUCUGUUGAUCGAACGAUGAGUGGAGACAUCUCCUACGACGCUGCUGCAGGCGGAGUCCACAGUGCUUCCCUGAAACCAGAUGGUUCUGGGGUUAUUAAUCUCCGUGUCCUAGUCGACACUUGCUCUGUGGAGGUCUUUGGAGGGGAAGGAGAAGUUGUGAUUUCAGACCUGAUUUUUCCUAGCGAGACCUCUGACGGGCUGUCCUUGGAGGUUACUGGGGGAUCAGCCGAUUUGCACUCUGUUGAGGUGCGCGGUAUUUCGCUCAAGUAA